UCGAUCAAAGAAUUUUGGAAAGCGUUCAAGAUCUGAACGUGGAUGAUGAGAAGAGGUUAUGUUUUUAAUCAGAAUGUUUCUGUAACAACAUGAAAAAUCGGGGGUACCCGCAGCAUGGAUUACCGCUUAGGUUGCAUUGAAGGAAAAUGAUGAAACAAAAACGAGAUUUGUAUUGUUUUAAGCCUUUCCAAAUUGUUAAGUGUAGUGCUAGAUAUGAAUACCCAGUGCCAAAGCCGAGAAGUGGACAUCGCAUUGUGUGUGAUGAAAGUAAUAUUUAUGUUUUUGGAGGGUAUAAUCCAGAAAAUUUGAGAGGACCUCCAGGAACGAACGUUUUAUUUAAAGAAAUAUGGGUUUACAAUUUCGCUACCCGCACAUGGGUAGUUGUUUACCCACCAAAUAUGCCAAACGAAUUAGCUUCGAGUGCCGUUAUAUUGAGAGGAAGUACAAUGAUAAUAUUUGGAGGAACAGGUUACCCGUUUGGAGCAGUUUCUGGGAGUGAAGUUCACGUCUGUAAUGUGAGAGAUAAUUUUAAUAUAACUGCAAUAACAGCUGAAGGCAGUGUACCACCCAAACUGUACGGCCAGGCCCUGGUAUUGGAUGGUCGUCGGUUGUAUACGGUAGGAGGUACGACGGGACAUGAGUUUACCACGGAUAUUCAUUGCCUAGAUCUAAAAACGAAAGUGUGGGAAGAAGUUUACGUAUAUUCCGCCAAUGCACGAUCACCAGAAGGGAGAUACAGGCAUGAACUGGCGUUUGAUGGAACAAGGAUAUAUGUGCUAGGAGGUGGCACUGUAGAUACCACUUUUGGAUUCAAGGACAUUGAUGCUUUUAACAUCGUGACGAAGAAAUGGGAAAUUGUUUCAACAAAGUGUGACAACAGAGUUCGUCCUCCUGGUUAUCCUCCUCCAAGGCAGUUCCAUGGAUGUGUGCAGUUGCCAGAAGAAGGACUGCAAGAGCCUGCAGUUUUCAUAUGUGGAGGAUAUGGGAAUAGUCAUAGUUUUCGUGACAUUUGGAAACUUAGUCUGAAAACAUUGCAGUGGACUUAUGUAAGAGAAUGUAGUUUUCCACAAACCUUGUAUUUUCAUUCAUCUGCGAUCACGCCAUAUGGAUGCAUGUAUACAUUUGGUGGUGUUACAAGGGACAAUAAAAGAAUAAAUGACUUGUAUGCUACUUGGGUAUGCAUACCUAAACUAGAAGAAAUGUGCUGGGAGGCUAUACUUCACUACAAUCCAGACCUGUACCUGACAGCAAAAGACAAACUUUUAUCUUAUGGCUUCCCUAGAAAGUUCGUUGGAAGGUUGUGACAGUGUACAUUGUCUCUGAUGAACUAAAACAGGUGAUGCAAAUUAUUUAUUAUAAUUUGUAUUUUUGAACUUUUAUUUGUUCCUAUUUUAUCACAUUGCAAGAAACAGCUUCAGAUUAAUAUUGAGACAUGAAUAGUGAUCAUAAGAACUUACAAGAGCCAGCAGCUCAUAGAAUAUACCAAGUUGUUAUAAGAAUCUUAUUGGCUACGCACACUUUAAAAGUGAUUGCAGUAGCCUUGCUUUUAUUGAUCAGUGCAGAAAAAUUGUUUGUUAAUUGUUGAUGUAUGCACCAUUUGAUUUAAAAGAAAUAUUACAAUUGUACACAUUUGUUGAAUUUCAACCAUUGUGCAGUUUAAUUAAUUUCUUCUGGACCUACUGAUCACAGAACAUUAUAUGCACAGAGGAUGUAACAGAACACUUACAGUGUAUAUUUUACUGAGUUUCUGACUAAUCGUAUGCAGAUUAUUUACUUAUGUAAGUUGCUUUUGUUUGGUGCUGUUGGUUCAUCUUAUAUUUAUGAAUUGUGUCAUAAUUAUGCUUCCAAAACUUUUCCCCAUACAGCUUUCUGAUGAGAGUCCAGUAUCAGCACCACAGCCUUUCAUUAUAUAUUUGUAGUUCAUUUCUCCCUGUGCUAUUUUCAGUUUUCUCAUAUAUGUUGUUUUGAUGUCUGCACUCCUUCACAGCACAGUUUCAAUCUAAUGAAUGUUCACUGAUUAAUUUCCUGUGAUACUCCUUUUCUGUUAGACACUUUCAUGGGAAAAUUAUGAUAAAUUUGUAAACUACUUACAUUGCAUUAUUUUAUGUAAUUUUUACAUUCUUAUCUAGAUAAAAAUAUUGAAUUAUUUGACAGAACAACACAUUCGUAUCAGAAGGUAAAUGGUUGUGAAAAAACAAAUAUGGUUUAUAUAAUAUGAAAUGUGCACUAUGAGAAAUUACUUGGACACAAAGCCUUUGUGUCACACAAACAAGGCAGUAGGUUGUUGCUACUGUUGUAUUGCAGUGAAGUAACAUUUAUAUGGAUUAAUUACAAGUAACAACUAAUCACUCAUUUAUAAUGUAACAUCAUUUUCUGUUAUGAUUGUAAUGAUAGUGUGUGUUUCAUGAAGAAGAAUUUGUGUUUAUUUCAAGUAGGCUUCCUUUUGCCUUUCUACACUUCUCCUCAAACACUUUCUCCUACACGGCUGAUUUAAUUUGCAACUUGUCUAGUGCUAGCAAGUAAGUAAAAAUAAAUCAAUUUAUUGUUGAAAAUAGACUGCAGCUGAAUGUUACAUGACUUCUGCUUCCACUAUGAUCAACUCAAUGGAGUAUGUAUGUUGCUGUCAUCAGUAAGUGUGUAUUAACCCGAAAAUCACAUUUUUCAGUAUCACUUCUUUUGUAAUUUCUGUAUUCAGAUUAUCAGCACAUGUAUCCAGACAUCAAAAAACUUUUUUUUAAAUAGUCAGCAAGUGGGCUUUUAUGCAGAACACUGAAAUGCACAACACAGGUUGAGCUUUGUUAGCACUCUUUGUAAAUUAAUUAUUUUGUGGCAACAACUGUGAGUGUGUCCAAAUAACAGUUGUCAGCAGAAUUAUUGGAAAAAAGACAAAUUAAGAAAAAUAAAGGGCCUUUUAGUAAGGA